AUGUUCAGAUUUGUUGUUCUGCUGGCUGCUGUUGCCGUGUGCCAGGCUGCCUUCUCGCUGAAUCCCGCUGGACCAACAUACGCCGGAAUUCACACACCCGCCCUUACUAGUCAGCAGUCGAACAUUCUACGUACCUACGGAAAUCUUGGUCAGAUCUCGACUCACUCCAAGACGAUCGAUACCCCAUAUUCGUCAGUGAGCAAAUCGGAUGUUCGCAUUAGCAAUCCAGGACUAGCUGUCGGUCACGUGGCUGCUGCCUACCCGGCUGCCUACCCAGCUGCUUACCAUGCCCCUGCGGCCUACGCUCCAGCUGUGUACGGAGCUCCGGCCGUUAAGGCGGUUGCUGCCCCAGGAUUGUUGGGCGUUGCUUACUCGGCCGCUCCAGCCGUCGCUGCCAUGAGCUACAACAACGGACUCGGCAUCAGCUAUGCUUGGUAA